GGAGAUUCCCGGAGUAUUCCAUUUUCUGAGAACGUGAGUGCUGUUCAAAAAUUAGACUUUUCAGAUACAAUGGUGCAACAGAAAUUGGAUGACAUCAAGGAUCGAAUAAAGAGAGAAAUAAGGAAAGAACUGAAAAUCAAAGAAGGAGCUGAAAAUCUGAGGAAAGUCACAACAGAUAAAAAAAAUUUGGCUUAUGUAGACAACAUUUUGAAAAAGUCAAAUAAAAAAUUAGAAGAAUUACAUCACAAGCUACAAGAAUUAAAUGCACACAUCGUUGUUUCGGAUCCAGAGGAUGCUGCAGAUUGUCCAAGGACUCCAGAUACUCCAAAUAGUGACUCUCGUAGUUCUACUAGCAACAAUAGAUUGAUGGCCUUACAGAAACAAUUGGAUAUAGAACUUAAAGUAAAGCAAGGUGCAGAGAACAUGAUACAGAUGUACUCAAAUGGCUCUUCAAAGGAUCGGAAACUCCAUGGUACAGCUCAGCAACUGCUCCAGGAUAGUAAGACAAAAAUAGAAGUCAUCCGAAUGCAGAUUCUUCAGGCCGUCCAGACCAAUGAGCUGGCUUUUGAUAAUGCAAAACCAGUGAUUAGUCCUCUUGAGCUUCGGAUGGAAGAAUUAAGGCAUCAUUUUAGGAUAGAGUUUGCAGUAGCAGAAGGUGCAAAGAAUGUCAUGAAAUUACUUGGCUCAGGAAAAGUCACAGACAGAAAAGCACUUUCAGAAGCUCAAGCAAGAUUUAAUGAAUCAAGUCAGAAGUUGGACCUUUUAAAAUAUUCAUUGGAGCAAAGGCUAAAUGAACUCCCCAAGAAUCAUCCCAAAAGCAGUGUUGUCAUUGAGGAGCUUUCACUUGUUGCAUCACCAACCCUAAGUCCUCGGCAGAGCAUGAUAUCCACGCAGAACCAGUAUAGCACACUGUCCAAACCAGCAGCACUAACCGGUACUUUGGAAGUCCGUCUUAUGGGGUGCCAAGAUAUCCUAGAGAAUGUCCCUGGACGGUCAAAAGCAACGUCAGUUGCACUGCCCGGAUGGAGUCCAAGCGAAAACAGAUCAUCUUUUAUGAGCAGAACUAGUAAAAGCAAAAGUGGAAGUAGCCGCAAUCUCCUGAAAACCGAUGACUUGUCCAAUGAUGUCUGUGCUGUUUUGAAGCUAGAUAAUACUGUGGUUGGUCAAACUAGCUGGAAGCCUAUUUCCAAUCAGUCGUGGGACCAGAAGUUUACACUGGAACUAGACAGGUCACGUGAACUGGAAAUUUCAGUUUAUUGGCGUGAUUGGCGAUCUCUGUGUGCUGUAAAAUUUCUGAGGUUAGAAGAUUUUUUAGACAACCAGCGGCAUGGCAUGUGUCUCUAUUUGGAACCACAGGGUACUUUGUUUGCAGAGGUUACCUUUUUUAAUCCAGUUAUUGAAAGAAGACCAAAACUCCAAAGACAAAAGAAAAUUUUUUCAAAACAGCAAGGCAAAACAUUUCUCAGAGCUCCUCAAAUGAAUAUUAAUAUUGCCACGUGGGGAAGGCUAGUGAGACGAGCUAUUCCCACAGUAAAUCAUUCUGGCACAUUCAGCCCUCAGACUCCUGUGCCUGCUACAGUACCCGUGGUUGAUGCACGCAUCUCUGAACUAGCACCUCCAGCCAGUGAUUCUACAGUAACCAAAUUGGACUUUGAUCUUGAACCUGAACCUCCUCCAGCCCCACCACGUGCGUCUUCCCUUGGAGAGAUAGAUGAGUCUUCCGAAGUGAGAGUUUUGGAUAUACCUGGACAGAGUUCAAAAACUGUUUUUGAUAUUGAGAAUGACAGAAGUAACAUGCGUCCAAAAUCCAAAUCUGAAUAUGAGCUUGACAUUCCUGACUCAGGUCAAAGUUGUUGGAGUGUCCGAGAGGAACAAAGAUCUCAACCAAGGUUUCAGUUCAAUCUGCAAGACUUCAGGUGCUGUGCUGUGCUGGGAAGAGGACAUUUUGGAAAGGUGCUGUUGGCUGAAUAUAAGCACACAAAUGAAAUGUUUGCUAUAAAAGCCUUAAAGAAGGGAGACAUUGUGGCUCGAGACGAAGUAGACAGCCUGAUGUGUGAAAAAAGAAUUUUUGAGACUGUGAAUAGCGUCAGGCACCCCUUUCUGGUGAACCUUUUUGCGUGUUUCCAAACAAAAGAGCAUGUGUGCUUUGUGAUGGAGUAUGCGGCAGGUGGGGACCUGAUGAUGCACAUUCACACCGACGUCUUCUCUGAACCUAGAGCUGUAUUUUAUGCAGCAUGUGUAGUUCUUGGGUUACAAUAUUUACAUGAGCACAAAAUUGUUUAUAGAGAUUUGAAGCUGGAUAAUUUGUUGCUAGAUACAGAAGGCUUUGUGAAAAUUGCUGACUUUGGUCUUUGCAAAGAAGGAAUGGGGUAUGGAGAUAGGACAAGCACAUUUUGUGGUACUCCUGAAUUUCUUGCCCCAGAAGUAUUGACAGAAACAUCAUACACAAGGGCUGUAGAUUGGUGGGGCCUUGGCGUACUUAUAUAUGAAAUGCUGGUUGGAGAGUCUCCCUUCCCUGGUGAUGAUGAAGAAGAGGUUUUUGACAGUAUUGUAAAUGACGAAGUAAGGUAUCCAAGGUUCUUAUCUACAGAAGCCAUUUCCAUAAUGAGAAGGCUGUUGAGAAGAAACCCUGAGCGGCGACUGGGAGCUGGUGAGAAAGACGCAGAAGAUGUCAAGAAGCACCCAUUUUUCCGGCUAACUGACUGGAGUGCUCUGAUGGACAAAAAAGUGAAACCACCAUUUGUACCAACCAUCAGAGGACGGGAAGAUGUUAGUAAUUUUGAUGAUGAAUUUACCUCAGAAGCACCUAUUCUGACUCCACCUCGAGAACCAAGGAUACUUUCAGAAGAGGAGCAGGAAAUGUUCCGAGAUUUUGACUACAUUGCUGAUUGGUGUUAAGUUACUGGACACUGUGAAACCAAGCAAACUGACUGACAAGAAGACCUCUUGAAAACAGCGCCCUUCAUUUGCCUUCUGUGCCACUAGGAGCUUCCGAGGUUUUUAAAGAACGUGAAGAUGUGGCUAAAGUACUGUUAAAUACCUUCUCAAUGUUUUUAACAUAAAUCUCAACACUGGAAGCUGUUUCAUGGAGUUUAGGCUGAGUGAACAUUGGCCGUGGAAAUCCAUUGCAAAUAAAUACUUUUACAUCAAUACUCUAUUUUUAAAAAAGAAGAACCACUCUUUAAUAGUCCCCAUCUGUGCCCUAGGCCUGCCUUAAGUGGAAGGAAGAUUAAUCACUUAACUGUGUUUUACAAAAAAAAAAAAAAAAAUAGGGCUUCAGAAGCUAUUACUGUUCACAUAAAGUGUGAUUCUGUUUAAGGCAAUUUAAUUUUUAAGAAAUAAGUAUAAUAUGAAAAAUGUGGCAGUUUGUGCACCUUUGGUGGCUUGAUUUAAAGAAAAAGACGAGAAUGUAUUAAUGUCUAGUUUUAUAAGUUUUCUAUAUUUGUCAGAACACUCUUUAUGGCCUUAACUUCCCCAACCUUGCAGCAGAGCCCCACAGCUACCCAGCAGAGCUACCUGCCAAACAAGCUUUUCCUUAGGGAACAGUGCUGCAAACAGUAGCAACAGUGAGGACUGUGAUGAGCCGGAACCAAGAUACCGAAGUCAGGGAGCCUGGCUGACCCUUCAUUGAUAUGCAUUCUAUACUUUUAUCAACCCAGUCAUCUUGUUCCUGUGUCUGCUGUAGAAGGGAACUUUUUGUUAAACCAUAGAGAUUAUCAUGGUAUACAUGCUGUGAACAUGUAUAUGUACAAGUUGUAAUGUAUUCUGUGUUGUAGGCAUAUUAUUUAAUUUCACCACUUCAUCACUUUUGUACAGUGGCCAAGCAGACACCUCAGACUCCAGCAUUUACAUUAAGUGCAUUUGUAUAUUUUAGGCCACUGGAUCCAGAUUUUAUAUUGGCAGUUAUUGAGGGCAAAAGCAAUAUAUUGUAACAGAAUGUAUAAAUAUUUUUGAUAAAACAGUCUAUAUUUUAUAAAAAGUUAUUAUAACACUAAAACUGUACCUCAAAAGUCUCACAAAUAAUUUGAUCAAAUACUCUACAAUCUUCAGAGGAUCCGUUUGUGGCUUUUUAUCUUUCUUACGAUAUGCCUUUUUACAAAUCAUGACUUCACUUGGCUGGAAUUUUUUAGGUUUUUGUUUGUUUUUACUUUUUUCCUCCUAGCUUAUCACUUCAUUUUCCUCAAUUUAGUAUCAUUGAUGAUCCUGUGCUUAGCAUGUUAGGGCCAUUAUACCUCAGGAAUAACAAGUUGGUAACUAACCACACUUAAAUUAACCACGCAGUCACAGUCAGCUCAUCUCUUAAAACUGUCCAAAUUUGAGUCUAAUAAGAACCCUAAAAGCACAAUGAUACAUGAAGAGUUGAGCUUAAAACAGCCUUGCUGAGAUACAUUGGCAUGUUUUUAUUGUACCAUGAGAACAAUUAAAAUUGUUCAGAGAUAUUUUAUAUUACCUUUCAAAUUCAUUAUAAUUUUUCUCCCAAGAUCCUUUGGAAGAAAAUUUUAUAAAAAGAGGCACAAUAUGUUGUUUUAGGUUGCUUUAAAAUGCCAAUUAAUUGCCUUGGGAAAGAACAAUAGGAAAAAAAUAGCCUAAUUGUCUAGCUUUAAUUUGAACAGUGUUAACACAAUAUUAAAAUAAAACACUAACUACUUUUGAGGUACAGUCUGCAUACCUUUGUUGGUUCUGAAAUAUGCAUAGAAAGCAACGUUUCAAAUGGGCUUUUUGCAUUAAAAACUGACAUAGCGUUAUAUACACAGUGUACAGAAAUUUUUUAAUUGAAGUCAAUCACUAAAAAAUUUAGUUGUCAAGGCAUAGUCACAUAAUUAUGCUGAGAAAAGCACUAAUUUUUCUGUAGUUUAUAAAAUAUAUAUAUAUAUAUAUAUAUAUUAGGCAGAUUUUGGAUUUUAAGAGUGUAAAUAGACUUUGCUUUUACUGUAUAUGUAUGUGACUGCUCAAGCACUUUGUAAGGAAACCAGAUCCUUUAGAAUGGUACCCUAUGCAUCCAAAUGAAUUGUGCCUUUACAUCAUUCUAAGAAAAAAGGUGUUUUGCAGUCAUAAAUUACCACAAAUGCACAAAUUAAAGUUUAAAAUAGAUUGAAAUUUGUAA